AUGGCAUCCUUGUUACUAGUUCGUAGGAUGCGAAUGGCUCGUAGAAAGAAGACACCAAUUGAGUUUCUUAAAACAUCGAAAAUCGACAUCAAAAAUAUAAACAUAACGUAUGAUUUUUCCAAUUUGGAAAAUACAAGUUCUGCGCCAAUAAAUGCCAAAUUCACAAUAAUGGAGCUUUCUGCAUCUCUAGAACAAGUGACUCAACAAUUAGAUGGGUCUGCGAUAAAUCCACCUCGAAAAUCAACGUUUUCACUUUUUUCUGAAGAUAUACCCAACCCUUUAGAAUUAAAAAUGAAUAUUUUACUCAACGGUUUAUAUUGCGAUGUUACUGAUACUUCGGGAAUGUUUAGAAUGAUGCAGAUUUGUACAAUCUCAAGUAUGAUGACUUGUUCAAAACCUUUAGUUCAUACCGUUGAAUAUGAUCCAAAUCUUUUUUCCUUUACCGGAACAUUGGAUAUUAUUUCUCCAGAAAUAGCGUUUAAUUAUGGCCAUUUUGAUGCUAUUGAAAAUAUUGUAAAGUCUAUUAAUAACGGAGAGUUUAAAGGAAAACGAGUAUUUGCUCAAUCAAAGCCUACAGAAAAACAACAAAAAUUGCAAAAUAUUCCAAAAUUAGUUGCAACAGUAUCUAUUGUUAAUCCACUUAUAAAAGUGACUGAAAUUCCAUUAUCUAGCGUCAAAUCUGAUUAUUCGCAACUUACUUUUGGAUUUCAAAACAUUUUAUUCGAAGUGAACGGGGAUUAUACCGAUUUAAAUGAAUUGCCUGCGGCAAAACACAAACGUACAAUGUCUAGGCGAUACAGCAAAGGUUGGGUUCCUCCAACGUUCUCUAUGGUAUAUAAUUUAGUUGCCAAUCUAAAGACCCAAAGAAUGAGAUUAUACACGCUUGAAAAUGACUUAAUACUUAAUCAUUCUUGGGAAAUUUGCUUCAUUAUGUCAGCCCUAGGUACUAUCACAAGUUAUAUCAAUAAAGAGAAAACAACAACAUUUGCUCCAUUAUUGGAGUUAGAAACGAUUCAACUAGAUAUCGGCUUGUUAAUAGAUGGAAUGGAAAUACAAUCAUGUUGUAAGAAAACCUUUGGAUUGUUACAACAACUCAUUAAUACUGUGACUAACAUAACUCCGAUAAAGGAAGCAAGUUCAAACCACCCAGUUCAUUCACCAUCAGUUAAUUCAUCUCAACCGAUAAUAAUGUAUUCUGAAGCUUUGCUAUUUCGUGUUUCCUUGUCUUCAUUUGGCAUAAGAAUUGCUGAAGUUGACUCUCCGGUAGACUCUUCAACAUCAAGAGGGUUUGACAUACGCCUUCAAGGAAUUACAUUUGACUAUAAAGGUUCUAGGGCUUCAAUAGAUCCGAUUGGAGGAUAUAAUGAAAGAAUCGGUCUUGGACUCUCAACUGAUGAAGAUACUGAUUUUCAAUGUGAAACUGGUGGGACCGUUCGAGGAUUUGCAAGAGGUUUCAAGGUAACACCUAUUAUGGCACUUUGGGACAAAGAGCUUUUAAAAAACACCGACCCAUUGUUGUCCAUUCCAGAGAUUGAAGUUUCAAAUAAUUUGAGCGUUGAACACACACAGAAUUAUUUAUCCAAGUUAAAUGUGAAAGUUACAGAGAUUUGUAUAAAAUAUUCUUUAUUAUAUCAUUAUUGCUGCCUGGUGGGCGUAAUGAAUGUAAUGAAAUUAUUACCAUUGUCUUCAAAUAAGAAACAUUCUAGCACAAUACAUUCGGCUUCAGUGUCAGAAGGCAUUAGUUCGUUUAAAAUAGAAGCAAAUAUAUUAUUAAACCAUGUGAACAUAUUUGUCGAUUUUCCGGAUGAUGUAAAGUUUUUCAUAAGAUUGGAUGAUUCAAAAUACAGAUUCGCAUCUAUUGACAAUCACGAAUUCGAAAUAAGUUGUUUACGAGCUUUUGGUACAAGUCCAAGCGAAGAAGGAUUGUGGGAUCAGAUUGCAAAUAUCAAAAAUGCACAUAUUCUACUUUUAGAAGAUGAUACAAAACGGAAUACUGCAAAAUUACCUCUUGAUAAGAGUCAAAAUAAAAUGAUUUGCGUUCAGAUAGAAGCUAUUCAUGUUCGUAUUCCAUACAACUAUAUUUUUGCUAAUGUCAUUGAAAGUGCUAUUAACUCAGUUAAGGUAAUAAAACAUUUGCAAGAACGUCUCUUUGUUCCUGAUGAUAUACAUAUCGUGGAUCCGGAAGAGGAAGGGCCAAAGUAUUUGCCAACUAUUCAGCUCAAAGCCGGAGUUAUAACUUUCCGAAUAGAAGAUGAUCCGUUUGAAUCAAAGCUUUCUGCUAUUUGGAAACUCGGAUAUUUAGAACAACAGGCCAGAUUGGGAAGAGAGACUGCAUUUGAAGCAAAAGCUAAAGUUAUUAGGUCACAUGAAUAUCGUCAGAACACAAAUGGGGAAGGUGGAUUAGCACCAGAUAACGCUAAUGUGUCAUCAUUACAAGACGGUGGUAAUUCCGAAUCUCCGCGAUUUGGUCCUUUCCGUCCUCAGCCUUCUCCACGAGCAAAUUUGAGCGUCGAAGAGGCACGUGUUGUCCUCAACGAGUUCAAUUCUCGGAGUUGGAUAAAAUGUGUAAAAACGUCAAUAUUACAUCAAAAGUUCGAAGAUCCAUGUGAUAGCCUACCUAUCUCAUUAGCUACACGGUCUCGGCAUCCAGCCUUAUUCAGAAUUACCAUAGAGAAAUUUUUAUUGGUUCUUUCUGCACCCUUGUUUCCAAUGAACGAACUUCCCCAUUAUAUGUAUAAAAUGGGUAAAGGAUUGCCUUUGAAUACAAAAUUUGCUUUUUUAGUACCCAUACAUUUGAAUUGCAAACUAAAAGAGGCUUGGGCUGAAAUUCGUGAUUACCCAUUACCUUUGGCGCACAUUCCUUCUGCCGAUUCAAUUAAUGGUAAGGAGCAAUAUUCAUGUGAUAUCGAAGGACAUCUCGUAAUUGGCGAAGAAUUGAAGGGAUUUGAGUCGAUAAGAAGAAUUAACGUACAAAUCGCCCCGCAAUCUAUCGGUGAUAAUGAUUAUAAUAUCGUCGUACCCCGUACAUGUUCACCUGUAAAAUUAUACUCUGAUCUUCAUAUCAGCAUAAGUUCAUCGCGUCCUACUGUCGUUUCGUGGGGUAUUGCAACACAACCUGCUAUUCAAGAUUUUGCAAAAAUUUUUGAAAGUUUCGCAAAGCCAAGUCCGGAUCCAUCCGAAACCGUUGAUCCUUACCUUGUUACUGGCUCAGGUGCUGGUUUUGUUUUAUGUUGGAGAAAAAACGUAGAAGUUAGAUUAGGAUUUGCAAAUGAACAAAAUGAGCUGCUACAAAUAGACAGUGAAGAGUUCAUUGCGGCCAUCCCUAACUUAACCGCUUUGGUUUCUUAUGGGGGUCUAAGCCCUGAUAGCACAUUGUUUGAAUCUAAUGGAAUACAACAUGAUGUUGCUAAGAAUUCGGAAACAAGUUCAGUUAAAACAGAGAAUUCAAGUGAAACACCAUUUUCCGACAUGUGUUCAACUUGUAAUGGGCAAGGAAAGUGUCGUUUUAAGGAUUUUAUUCCUCAUUAUCAAAUAGCUACAAUACUACCACAAUAUGCCAUUGCACCAAUAGGAGAAAUAUGUGUGGGAUCAUUGUUUUUAAGUAGUUUUUAUAGGGAAGAAUCAUUAUACGAUCCACUUGAUGGUACAAUAAAUAUGGUUGGAAUCAAAGCAAAAAUUGGAAGGUUUAAACAAGACAUUCAUCUUAAGAUGCAAGAAAAUACAAUUAUUUUGGAAGAGAAAGAAGUUAAGAGCCGUGAUAUAAUUUUUCAUGAAGCAGAGACCGAUUUGAAAGAUCUAGAUGUUCGAGGCAUUGCGGUUCGGUAUAUGGAAGGCGCGUUUCCUAAGUCCGAUGAUAAUGAAAUUUACCGAAAAGAAUCGUUAUUGGUGAGAGUAUUACCCUUUUUAAGAAGUCCGCAAAUGAUGUAUUAUAAGCGUGCUGAUAUUCAAGAAACUGAAGAAGAAAAGAAGAAUGACCGGGCGACUCAUGUGUGUCUCAUGGGACAAGGAAGCGACACGAGGCAUAUUCAAUUAGAUUUUCUUGCAGAACGAUCAAAUCAACUUAGUCGAGAUAUCAAACAACAAGCUAAAUUAUUGUCAGAUAUUGAAGAUAAAAUAAUUAAUAAUCCUAACAAUCAAGAACUCAAAGACAUAUCUCAAACCAUUCAAAAAGCUACUUCAACCCUUUCAAAAAAACGAAACAUUAUCCAAGAUUUUAUGAAAAAAUUAGAAGAAUACAUCAACAAGCCUAAAUCAAAAGAUUUUAAAGAUAUAAAUCCUGAUUGUGAUGAUAUUAAUGAAAUCCCUAGUUUUGAUUCAAUGUGGACAGAUUCACAGGGCCAAUUCGGUCAUCGUAUAGUUAUUCAUAACGCUAAGGCCAUAUGGAACAAUUCUUUAAGGAACCUAGUUUAUAGAUUAUGGGAUCUUAUCGAACAACACCAAGGACUUACAUAUUAUAUGUCAACGAGUGCUGUCAAAUUUAUUAGAGAUAUGCAGAAAAAUAUCCGCGAGAAAAUGGAAAGAGAAAUCUACAGGCAAUCUCUGCAUAAUGAGACCUUAUCUUCAGGCAAUUUAGAUAAUUAUGAUUUUGAUGCGAAUGUAGCUGCUGAAAUGUUACGAAAACUUGUUGGGGAAAAGGACACUAAUUUUGUUGUUCAAAAUGAGACAGCGCAUUUUUCUGACGAGAAUCAUGCCGAAACAUCGGAAAACGCACAUGAUGGUAUUCCUGAAGGCUAUUCUUUGUUGAAAAAUUAUUUAGUCCAAUUUAUAAAUCUUCAGAUAAAUUUCCAAUGUGACAAAAAUCCAGGUGCUAGCAUUAUAAUGUUUAUGGAAAGAGCUCAGAUUAAAAUCUUUUCUAUUGUGGAAGAUUGGUCUAAAGGUGACAUUAUCAAUGAAGUAGUAAAAACAAGAACUUUUUUUGGUUUGGACAAUGCACAGUUCUUUACCAGUUUAAAAAAAGAUUUCCGUACUAGCCUUUCAAGGAUUUUGUCUGAUAAUAAUUAUGGUUCUAAAGGUAGUGAAAAUUGGCCUGUUUGGGUUCCUCCUGAAGCAUUGCUUGAUCAUUCCAAAGAAAAUUUAUUACCAUUUCAAAGAAUAAUUAAGCGAACAUCAGCUACAAUGCAAUAUGAUAAAUUUAAUAACUUACGUAUCAAAGGCAGUGAUAUUAGAAAAGAUGAUUUAGAGCAGAAAACAGAUAAGCCGGGACUUGGUGAUUCCGAUGUGGAUGACUUUGACAAAAGAAUGGAUUCGUGGUACAUAGAUCUUCCUAAAAUCAAGUUAUCCGCCACAUCUAAACAAUAUUGUAUUUUAGUUGAUGUUAUCAAGGAUUUGCUUAUGUUCCGUGAACCAGCAAAAAAGGAGCGAGCAGAAAGACUGAAUACAAUCCUACUCGCAGCAGACUUGGAUGAUCUUGAUGGCGUGGCAGAAAAAGUGGCAUUGUUACAAGAGCAAAUUCGUCAAUUGGAAGAUGUGCGAAACCAAUAUAAAUUACAAUUGCAAGAUCUUAAUGAAGAUGAUAUUAAAGAACUACGAGAAGUUGAAAUUGAAUUAAUAAGUUUCCAAGAACGGUUAUAUUUAUUAAUGGAGGCCAUCACUGCGUCACAGAAUAAAAAACAAAAGGCGGAAAGUAAAAUGGCCUUAAAGGUAGUGGUAGUUGCAGAUGAAGUCAAAUGGGUGAUGCGAGAUAGCAAUAGAAAAUCGUUCUGUGAAUGGGGUUUAUUAAAUGCACGGUUUGUUUUAAUGACAAAGGAAGAGAACUCUAUAAAUACUUUAGAGAUCGAUGAUUUGCGUGUAAUUAACAAACUCCCAUCGCCUGUUUUUAAGGAAUUAAUUUGUCCAUAUAUCACGGAUCAUCGUCGCGUAGAUUUUAGUCGCCAUAAAAUGUUGCGAGUAUAUUGGGGACAACUAGAACCGGUCGCUGGCAUUGAUAUUGUUGAACAUUUCGAAAUUGAUAUGUUCCCACUUAAAUUUCAGAUGCAAUACGAUGUUGGUAAACUUAUAAUGAUGUAUAUAUUUCCAGAAAAAAAGAAAGAGUACGUUAAUCGCGAGAAGUCUGUCGAUUCCUCACAUUCGAUAAAAACGCCAAAAUCUGCAUCGGAAUUUAAUCAAGAUGAAAAUACUGAUGAAUUUAUAGAAAUGCCCUUAGAUAUUUUCUCGGAAGAUGAAAUGCCAAACACUUCAGAUUCGACAACUCAGACAAAUAAACAUAGCACCAAAAAGUCGGCACAAAAGUCGACAAGCACGGAACAUCAUAAAGAUGAAUCACAUGAAUUAGAGUUAAUGAAGAAAAGGGCAUCUCAGAAUAAACAGUUUAUAUACAUAAAAGUUCCAGGAGUAAUACACAGUUUCAGUUAUCAGCUUAAUCAUUUAACCGUUAAAUUCUGA